AUGCCCGGCACCUGCCGCUCCAACCAUGGCCUCGACUCUGGGGUGCACCCGGUGUUCCCCGUGCCGUCGUCGAUGCUGGGUUCUGCUGAUGGCUGCCCCACAGGAGCCCCCUACACGCACUGCAGCUACUGCACACAGAUUCACAAGGACCCCCACGUGCAGAAUUUGUAUCCUCUGAGGCCCGAUCAGCACUUGCAGCCGCACCAGCUAGCUGCUGUAAAUACUUCUAAUGGAGUAGGCCUGGGGCAGCCUGCAGGCAAACCCUCAGAGAUCUUCAUAAGCGCGCAGGAUCAGGAAAAACAGUGA